UACGCUCAACUUAUAACAUUGACAGAAAAUAAAAUGGCACAGGAGUUGUCAGUGGCACUUUUAAAGCGAGUUGAAAAAUUAACCGAAACUCUUCAAUUCAAAUCAUGUUUGUAUCUUGAUCCACGGUUCAAUUUUACUGGUUCGAAAAGAUUAAGUUCAAUAGACAAGGAAUUGGUACAGGAUUUUAUCGUCAAAUUAAACGAGAAAAUCUCAAGACUGAGAGGAACAACAACUAAACAUCCCGAUACAGAGACUGUUUUUGUUAAUAAUAAUACUUCGAACAGAUCUAUCGAAGAGACGUUGUCUAAUUUUUUUGACGAAGAAUAUAUAAGUGCUGCAACUCCCAAUUCUAGUAAUAUUUUGAUAAAAGAAUUGAAAAAAUUGGAGAUGCGUGAAAAAAUAUCCAUAUUGCAAGAGUCGAGUGUCAAAGCACAACAAUUUGACUUACUUAAAUUUUGGCAAGCUCAGCAGUAUACAUCUCCGUUGUUCCACGCAGCAAUGGUGAUUUUACUUGCCCCCUCAACACAAGUGAGCGUAGAAAGAGCAUUUAGUGCAGUCAAACUCAUACUUGCUGACAAUCGGAUGGGUUUGUCAAGUGCUUCUUUAGAGGAUACGUUAAUUUUGAAACUGAAUCAGGAGUUAUUGACAGAAUUAGCUGGCAAAAUGUGCGACGAUGUAGUAUGAUUAAAUCUUUAUAAAACGAUAUCGAU